AUGAAGUCCUACAUCGCUCUCGCCCUUGCGUCCACCGCAUUGGCUCUUCCCCAGACUUCCGGCUCCUCAGGAUGCGCGUCUUCCGCCCCGGGAACUUUCCAGAUCCAGACUGUCAACAAGCCCAGCUCUAAGCGUGGCCUUGUGGAGCGCCAGCUUGCCGGUGCUCUCACUCUGACCCUGGAGAACGGUAUCUUGAAGGACCAGGCUGGUCGCCAGGGAUACAUCGCUUCCAACGACCAGUUCCAGUUUGACGGUCCCGUCCAGGCUGGCGCUCUCCAGACUGAGGGCUUUGCUCUUUGCGGCAACAACUCUCUUGCUCUGACCACUGGUCAGCGCCCCUUCGGCGCAACGACCUUCUGGCAGUGCUUGUCUGGCGACUUCUACAACUUGUACGCCGACUCCCAGGGUAUGCAGUGCGUACCGAUCUACAUCCAGGCUGUCAACAAAGGCUCUGGUUCCGCCUCUCAGAUCAGUGACGGACAGCCUCAGGCAACCACUCCUGCUGCUUCCGCCACCAAUGCCGUCUCUCAGAUCUCCGAUGGUCAGCCCCAAGCUACCACCCCCGCUGCCUCCGCUGUAGUAUCUCAGAUCUCUGAUGGCCAGCCCCAAGCCGGCACCCCCGCUCCCUCUGCCACUGCCGUCGUCUCCCAGAUCUCCGAUGGCCAGCCCCAAGCCGGCACCCCUGCUCCCUCUGCCACCAACGUUGUCUCCCAGAUCUCCGACGGCCAGCCCCAAGCCGGCACCCCUGCUCCCUCUGUUAGCAACGUUGUCUCCCAGAUCUCCGACGGCCAGCCCCAAGCCGGUACUCCUGCUCCCUCUGUUAGCAACGUUGUCUCCCAGAUCUCCGACGGCCAGCCCCAAGCCGGUACUCCUGCUCCCUCUGUUAGCAACGUUGUCUCCCAGAUUUCCGACGGCCAGCCCCAGGCUCCCGUCGCCACUGGCAACACAACCAUCUCGCGCCCCAACGCGACCACCAGCCAGCCCGCCGCGUUCACCGGCGCCGCUGCCUCCGCCACCUUCGCCGCUGGCGCUGUCGCUGCUGGUCUGUUUGGUCUGUUCGCCAUGUUGUAA